AUGAUGUACGUUUACAAGAGAGAUGGCCGCAAGGAGCAGGUGCGCUUCGACAAGGUGACGGCGAGGAUCUCGAAGCUCUGCUACGGCCUCGACAAGGACUUUGUCGACCCGAUUGAGAUCACGCGCAAGGUCAUUGACGGCAUCUACGAGGGCGUCACGACCGUCGAGCUCGACAACCUCGCCGCCGAGACUGCCGCCUACAAGACGACGUCGCACCCGGACUAUGCGGUGCUGGCGGCGCGGAUCGCCAUUAGCAACCUGCACAAGGAGACCAAGAAGAACUUUAGCCAGGUCGUCCACGACCUGUACGAGUACGUCAACCCCAAGAACGGCAAGCACAGCCCCAUGAUCUCGGACCGCACCUACGAGGCCGUCAUGAAGAACAAGGACCUGCUCGACUCGGCCAUCAUCUACGAGCGCGACUUCCACUACAACUUUUUCGGCUUCAAGACGCUCGAGCGCUCCUACCUGCUGCGGAUCGACGGCAAGGUGGCCGAGCGGCCGCAGCACAUGCUGAUGCGCGUCGCCGUCGGCAUCCACGGCGACGACGUCGAGAGCGCCAUCGAGACGUACAACCUCAUGUCGGAGAAGACCUUCACCCACGCCUCGCCGACGCUCUUCAACGCCGGCACGCCGCACCCGCAGCUGUCGUCGUGCUUCCUGGUCACGAUGAAGGACGACUCGAUCGAGGGCAUCUACGACACGCUCAAGACGUGCGCCAUGAUUUCCAAGACGGCGGGCGGCAUCGGUCUCAACAUCCACUGCAUCCGCGGCACGGGCAGCUACAUUGCCGGCACCAACGGCGUCAGCAACGGCAUCGUCCCCAUGCUGCGCGUCUUCAACAACACGGCGCGCUACGUCGACCAGGGCGGCAACAAGCGGCCGGGCGCCUUUGCCAUCUACAUUGAGCCGUGGCACUCGGACGUCUUCGAGUUCCUCGACCUGCGCAAGAACCACGGCAAGGAGGAGGUGCGCGCCCGCGAGCUCUUCUACGCCCUCUGGAUCUCGGACCUCUUCAUGAAGCGCGUCGAGCAGAACGGCGACUGGUCGCUCAUGUGCCCCAACGAGUGCCCCGGCCUGGCCGACGUCUACGGCGACGAGUUUGAGCAGCUCUACGAGCGGUACGAGGCCGAGGGCCGCGUCAAGCGCACCGUCAAGGCGCAGAAGCUGUGGUACGCCAUCCUCGAGGCCCAGACCGAGACGGGCAACCCCUUCAUGCUCUACAAGGACGCCGCCAACAAGAAGAGCAACCAGAAGAACCUCGGCACCAUCAAGUGCUCCAACCUCUGCACCGAGAUCAUCGAGUACAGCGCGCCCGACGAGGUGGCCGUGUGCAACCUGGCGUCGAUCGCGCUGCCCACCUUCAUCGACCCCGUCACCAAGGCGUACGACUUCAAGCGCCUCCACCACGUCGCCAAGGUCAUCUGCAAGAACCUCAACAAGAUCAUCGACAUCAACUACUACCCCGUCCCCGAGGCCAAGAAGUCCAACUUCCGCCACCGCCCCAUCGGCAUCGGCGUCCAGGGCCUCGCCGACGCCUUCAUGAUCAUGGGCUUCCCCUUUGAGAGCGCCGAGGCCAAGCGGCUCAAUGUCCAGAUCUUCGAGACCAUCUACCACGCCGCCCUCGAGCGCUCGUGCGAGCUGGCCGCCGAGCACGGGCCCUACGAGACCUACGAGGGCAGCCCGGCGUCGCUGGGCGAGCUUCAGUACGACAUGUGGGGCGUCGUCCCCUCGGACCUCUGGGACUGGGCCGAGCUCAAGGCCAAGAUCGCCAAGCACGGCCUGCGCAACUCGCUGCUGCUGGCGCCCAUGCCGACGGCCUCGACGAGCCAGAUCCUCGGCUUCAACGAGUGCUUCGAGCCCUACACGUCCAACAUCUACACGCGCCGCGUGCUGGCGGGCGAGUUCCAGGUGGUCAACCCCUGGCUGCUGCGCGAGCUCGUCGAGCAGGGCCUCUGGGACGACACCAUGAAGAACCGCAUCAUUGCCCACGGCGGCUCGAUCCAGAACGUGCCCGGCAUCCCCGACCGCAUCAAGAAGCUCUACAAGACGGUGUGGGAGAUUAGCCAGAAGACCAUCAUCGACAUGGCGGCCGACCGCGGCGCCUUCAUCUGCCAGUCGCAGUCGCUCAACAUCCACCUCUCGGCGCCCACGUUUGGCCAGCUGACGUCGAUGCACUUCUACGGCUGGAAGAAGGGCCUCAAGACGGGCACCUACUACCUGCGCACCAAGCCCGCCUCCAACGCCAUCCAGUUCACCCUCUCGGUGUCCGAGGUGGCCGAGGCAAAGGCGGCGGGCAAGAAGUCGCCCGCGCCCACCAAAAAGGCCAUCGACGCGGCCAAGAAGAAGGCCGACGAGGCGCAGGCCAUCCGCGAGGCCAAGCUCGUGGCCGAGCAGGAGCAGCAGAAGACGGCCAAGCUGGCCAGCGCCGCCACCCAGGACGGCAAGGAGGUCGACCCGGGCUUCGCCGCCGCCCUCGAGAGGCAGAAGCUCCGCCAGCUCGAGGCGGACCAGAUGCUCUGCAGCCUCGAAAACAAGGACGCCUGCACCAUGUGCUCCGGCUGA